GGCACCUCUGUUGUACUGUGUGAUGGUUGUGAUGUGGUAUCUUCGCUACGAGUAUGGUCACCUCUUCAACACAAUGUCAACAGUCAUCCUUCUGUUCCUCACUGCUCUGCUUUUAAUUUCUACGUACCUCCUCUACAUCACACAAAAUGUGCCUGAAAAUGGAAAUUCUGCCCAGAUAUGACCACGUCCACAAACUGAUACACAAAGUACAUUAUAUUUUUGGGGUAAAAUGCUUCACUUUUGCAAAUCAUUUGGAUUAGACCAAGUUUCAUGUGGUGAUGGUCAGUAGUAUCUGAAAAUGUAAUUUGAUCUUGCAUUCUACAAAUAGAACAUGCUAAAGAAAUAAUGUAUUUGUUAAAGCUGAUUAUUUUAGAAUUGUUUGUUUACUUUUUUACAGGUUGAUUUUGUAUAUUUGUCUGUUUUCAGUCAACAUCUGUCAGCUGUUAGUGAGGGUAAUUGUUAGAUUUGAGUUCAUAGUGUGCCUCUUUGAAUGGCCUGAAUGAAAUAACGUGUAGAAUAACACAAUCCAGUCUACCUGUUUCUCUCCUUAUUUAUUUUGAGGACUGCCCUGAAGAGAUUGUCUUUAUGUACAGUAUAUGUAAUGAUUCAAGCAGUGUGUCAGUUCAACAUGAUGCAGUUCAUAGGUAAGAAAACGAUUGACAAAUGUUUAGGGGAAAUUCUCCCAGUAAACUCCUUCAUUGAUAAAUAAUCCCCAGAGGAAAUGCCUUCAGUGAUGGAUAAUUCCCUAAGGCAUCACCAUUAGUAAUGGAUAGUCCCCAGAGGCAACACUGUCAGUAAUGGGUAGUCCCCAGAGGGAACAUCAUCAGUAAUGGGCAGUCCCCAGAGGGAAUACCAUCAGUAAUGGGUAGUCCCAAGAGGGAACACCAUCAGUAAUGGGUAGUCCCCAGAGGGAACACCAGUAAUGGGGAGUCCCCAGAGAGAACACCAUCAGUAAUGGGCAGUCCCCAGAGGGAACACUGUCAGUAAUGGGCAGUCCCCAGAGGGAACACUGUCAGUAAUGGGCAGUCCCCAGAAGGAACACCGUCAGUAAUGGGUAGUCCCCAGAGGGAAUACCGACAGUAAUGGGCAGUCCUCAGAAGAAACACCAUCAGGAAUGGAUAGUCCCCAGAUGGAACACCCCUCAGUGAUGGAUAAUUCCCAGAGUGAAGAACACAUCCAGGAAUUAGAGAAAUUACUUGCCAUUUGUUAUUUACUAACAUUGUCUCUGCAUAUUCACUGGAAUGAAAUGAUUUUAGCAACUUAACACCCAGUGGGCAUUUGAUAUUGUUCUGGGCAGGUAACUACAAGUUUUGGCUAAUCUCAGUAUCAUUUGCACCACUAGAACUGUAAGUCCCUUGAUCUGAUGCAAGUUAUUUGGUAAGACUAUUUAAUUCUGUAAUUUUCUUGAUUUGGAUUAAAUUUUUUCCACAUAACUGUAACCAUUCUUUUGUUUUCUUAGAUAUUCUUUGCACUUCAAAUAUUGUACUUGGUUCCCCUCUCAGAAAUAGUGUGAUUAUAUUUUCUUCUCACUGCCCUGUCUUUACUUAUCUCACUUUGUUGCAGUAAUGCAUGCUUUGACAUUUAAAUUUGUUCUUGUCAUUGAAAUUCAAUUAUUACCACACAUGGAUAAAACCAGCAUACUCCAUUGUAUCUCCAAAUUAAAAAAAAAAAAAAAAGGAAUAAUAACUUUUCUUUCA